CAACAACCUCUAAUUAACCAACUUAUCAAGCUCCCAAUCAAAAACAUGUACGCUUCUGUUUCCUUUACUUCCCAACUCUUCCAUGAGCUUCUUGUUGAUUCUCACACAAGAAGGCUACUCUUUCAAGGCCCAAUUGAUAAUCAACCACUAAACAACCACAAUUCAACCGACUCGUAUUUUGGAGUUCGUGAAUUUGAUUCAAAUGUUGUGAUGGUACUUGCAGUCCUAUUGUGUGCUUUUAUUUGCUCCCUUGUAUUAAACUCCAUCAUAAGAUGUGCCCUGAGGUUUUCAAAUGCAGCCAUCAACAACAACAACAACCAAGCUUCACAAUUAUUGGCCAAUAAAGGAAUCAAGAAGAAAGCUCUCAAAACAUUCACCACGGUGAACUAUUCAACCGAGUUGAAACUUGGUUUGGAUACGGAGUGUGUGAUAUGUCUCUCAGAGUUUACAAAGGGCGAAAAGGUGCGCAUUUUGCCUAAAUGCAACCAUGGUUUUCAUGUUCGUUGCAUUGACAAAUGGCUAAAGGAACACUCAUCGUGUCCCAAGUGUAGACAAUGUCUUCUUGAAAUAUGUCGAAAGGUUGGUGAGUCGCAGGUGCAACCAAUUGUGGUGCCAGAGCCGGAAAUCAUUCUAAGGAUUGAACCACUAGACCAUGAAGCUGUUGAACAUAACUAUAGGGAAGAAAGAAGAUAAAUUUUCAUUAUAAUUUGAAGCUUUUAGUUGCUUUAGGUUGACCCCAAUUGUAAAUAUAAUUUAGUUAAAAUUUCUAAUACAAUAUUUUUACACAAGACUCAAAUAAAUAUUUGAACUGAUUAUAUAAAUGAUAUUCAACCAAGUGAGACCUCUUCCAUUUUCUCCCUACCUCUACAUCCCCUUUAUUCCUAAAUACUUGAAUUGAAAAUUUGACAUUGUGAAAAUCUUCUCAUUCAUUUCCAGUGGCGGAAGAUAGUGUGGAAUUUUUUUUUUCAUAAUGUGAAAAUACCCCUUUUUCAUAGUGUGAAAUUACCAAAAUACCAAACAUCUUCUCAUUCAUUUGCUAGUUCCGCCAUUUGCUUCUGUUUUUCAUCUAACAACUUGCUAUCUCUUGAUUGAGUAAGAUUUGAUUUGUUUAUUGUUAUGUUUUUUAAAAAAAUUAAUUUAUUCACUUGAUUUGAUUUGUGAUUUGGUUGUGUUAUGAUUUUGAUUUAGGAUAUUAUUGUGUUAUGAUUUUGAUUUGAAAUUUUGUUGUGUUAGAAUUAAUUUGGGAAUUGGGAUUAAUUUUCACUAAUUUUCUCUUUAAGAUUUUGUUGUGUUAUGAUUUUGAUUUGAAAUUUGAUUUGGGAUUGAUUCUCACUAAGAUUGAUUUUGGAUUUUGUUGUGUUGUGUUGUGUUAAUUUAUUUAAUUGAUCAUGCAGCACAAAAGUGGUAAUGAAGAGUAGAAAAAUUGAUUUUUUUUCAAGAGAAAAGAAAGAGAUGAAGAGAAUUUAACACCUAUGCCUGAACCUCAAAGAGUUUUUGAGAAUUCAAGAAUUGAAGAAAACAUUAAUAGAGUUUGCUUAGAUGAAAUCGAGAAUUCUUUAGAACGUGAUCCUGGAAAACAUCCUUCAAUAUGGGAAUAUCAUGUAAAUCAAAUGGAUGAAAUACAAAGAGCUUAUUUAAAAUGGGAUGCACUGAAGGUUGUUGAUCUAUCAGCCACUAAGCUGAAUAUAUUGCCCUCACUGAAGCUAUGCAAUAAGCAUUGUGGCUUGAAGGGUUUGUUAAGGAACUGAAACAUCAAGGUAAAUUUAUCCUUGUUAAAUGUUAUAGUCUUAGGGCCAUACAUUUGUUGAAGAAUUCAGCCUAUCAUAAGAGAACAAAGCACCUUGAUGAUAGGUUGCAUUUUGUCAAAGAGAAAAUCGAAAGUUGAGAAGUCAAUGUGAUGAAGGUUUCGACAGAUCACUGUGCUGCAUAUAUGAUCACCAAGUCAUUGCCUAGUAGCAAGUUCUUCCACUGUGUAUAAUUGAUAAAGCUGCAUGAUGAAAUCUAGUUUGUUUCCUUGAUGUUGUAGAGUUUGUUCGAAGGUGGAGAUUUAUGGUAUUUUGGAUUGAACUCUAGUCUCGACAUGGAUAUCUUCAUAGUUCGAGAGAGGUUAAACAUGAAGUCGAAGUCUGUUCACAUGCUUAUAUUGAAGUCUUGCAUGUUGUAGUCGAAGUAUGCUCAAACAUGCUGCAGUCGAAAUAUGCUAUGUUAUUAGCAUGUCAAAUUUAGGGAUGGCAAGCAGACCCAAACCCGCGGGGCCCACUCACACCCGAACCCGAGUCAACGGGUGAAAAUCCGAGUAGUCUGGGUUUAGGUUCGGGUGCCACCCGAUAUUUCAGGUGUGGGUUUGGGUAGUGUGAAACCCGCGUCCGAAACCCUAUAUCACACCCGCUUUUAUAUAUAUAUAUAUAUAUAGAAAAAUUGUAGGAAAAUGUAUUUUAUAUAUUUUGUUGCGGGUUUGAGUUUGGGUGAAAAAACCCGAAUCCAACGGGUGUGGGCGUGUGUGUUAUUUUCCCACCCGAACAACCUUUGGGUUCGGAUUCGGGUUCAGGUGCCGAUUUCGGGUGUGGGUUUGGAUAGUGUGAAACUCGACCGAUCUGAUAUGUUGCCAUCCCUAGUCAAAUUGGGCCAAUUUGUUAAGUUAGUUUGUUGGUGUAGUUAGUU